AUGAAGCAGUGGACGUUUCGGAAGACAAUCGAGGGUGGAGGUGAGAAGUCCGCGAUCUUGGACAAAUUGAUGGAGUACCAGGGACUUGAAGAGGUCAAGCAACAGCUCCUUGAUAUCAAAUCAAAAGUUGAGAUUUGCAAGAUGCAACAUCCGAAGGGUGGGCGGAAGCGCCUGCGCUUAGAGAGGUUCAACAUCAUUUUUCAGGGAAAUCCUGGUACUGGCAAGACGACCGUCGCUCGUUUAUACAGCAAGUUUCUGAAAGAGCUCGGCAUUUUGGAGUCAAGUGAUUUUUGGGAAACGACCGGCAUGAAAUUGGCUGCGAGGGGAGCCGCGGGAAUAGAACACUCGCUGGAUAAGGGUGUCGUCUUCGUUGAUGAAGCAUAUCAGCUCACGGCGGCGUACAUUGACGGCGUUGGCCGACAAGCACUCGAUCUCAUUCUGACUGAAAUGGAAAAUAAGGUCGGCAAGCUGGUCUUCAUCUUUGUCGGGUACCACGAAGAGAUGGAAUCUUUCUUCGAACACAACCCUGGCUUAUCAAGCCGUAUCCCCUAUACACUCAACUUUGCUGACUUCAACGACGCUGACCUAUGGAAAAUAUUGGUCGAUAACAUUCGCAAAAAGUUUGGCAAGAAAAUGCGUGCUGAAGAUGGCCUGGAUGGGUUAUACAUUCGCAUUGCGAUCCGUCGCCUUGCUCAGGGAAGAGGAAGCCGCGGUUUCGGAAACGCAAGGGCUGUUGAGAACCUCCUUGCCCGCAUAUCCCAGAGACAGGCGCGGCGGCUAAUGAAAGAGAAGCGAGAGAUUCCCAAUCAUGUUCCCGAUUACUUUCUGUUCACAAAGGAGGACAUAAUCGGACCGCACCCUUCUGAUGUGGCACGAUAUUGUUCAGCUUGGGACAAGUUGCAAAAGCUGGUCGGGCUUGAGCACGUCAAGGACUGCGUCCAGAGACUGGUCGGCAUGCUUGGGCUGAACUACGAGCGGGAGAUACAGGAGAAGAAACCUUUGAGAUUUUCUCUCAACCAGGUUUUUGUUGGAGAGCCUGGCACUGGCAAGACGACCGUGGCCAAGCUGUAUGGACGCAUAUUGGCUGACUUGGGCUAUCUCAGUCGCGGCGACGGCAAGUAUUCCCAACCUGCCUAUUUGUUGAUUGGCUUAACGUUGCUAAUGCACUUUGACAGUCGUACUGAAAAAUCCGGCCGACUUCAUCGGAAAAUCCUUGAGGCUACGGUAGGCAAAGUCCUUGUGAUCGACGAGGCCUAUAUGCUUGACGCAGGCGAUCCAAGCAAGGAGCAGGACAAAUUCAAGACAGGAGUCAUUGAUACAAUUGUCUCAAUGAUUCAGGGUGUCCCGGGCGAGGACCGUUGCAUAGUACUCGUCGGCUAUGAGGACAAGAUUCGCAACAUGUUCCAUAACGUCAACCCCGGCCUCUCGCGCCGCUUUCCUAUUGAGCGACCGUUCCGGUUCAAGAACUUUACCCUUCCACAGAUGCGACAAAUCCUGGAGAGCAAGCUGCAAGGUGAUGACCUUUCCGCAACAGAGGAAGCACUUCGCACUGCGGAGAGCAUGUUCGAAAGGGCUCUCAUGCGGCCCAAGUUCAGCAACGCCGGCGAGGUGGACAAGCUUCUGGCUACAGCUAAGCUCAACUAUGAAAAGCGUCUGUCGGAGCUCUCUCUUAAGAAGAUGCGGUCCGAUUCACAUGAAGACGAGGUCUUCAAGUUGCAGGCACUGGACUUUGACCCGGAUGUUCGGAGCAGGACGAAUGAGCAGCUUGACUGCCGCAAGAUCCUCAACGGCAUGGUUCAGGAUAGCAUCAUCGACAAGUUGAUCGGUUACCAGCAGAGUUGUGAUGGGGCAAGAAGGGGCGGUUUCAACCCAAGAGAUCACGUUCCCACCAAUUUCAUCUUCAAAGGCCCUUCAGGUACAGGGAAAACAACGACGGCCCAGCAUAUGGGGAUCAUCUUUUACAACAUGGGGUUUUUAUCGGACAGAGAGGUUAUUGAAUGCUCAGCGACAGAUCUCAUCGGCCAAUACGUGGGGCAGACAGCGCCAAAAACGAAGAGAAAACUCGAGGAGGGCAUGGGCCGUGUCCUCUUCAUUGACGAAGCCUACAGGCUCACAUCCAGCACGUUUGCGCAGGAAGCGGUGGAUGAAAUCAUCCAGUUCCUCACAAAGCCCGCUAAUGCUGGGAAGAUGAUCAUCAUACUCGCCGGCUACACGUACGACAUUCACAACCUCAUGUUGACUUAUCCAGCCCUUUCCGGCCUCUUCCCUGAGGAGCUCGUCUUUGAGACUAUGAAACCCAGCGACUGCAUCAGUCUGCUUGAAAGGGAACUGAGAGUUUCGUACAGGAUGAAGGUCACUGGAGACUUCUUGGUCAAACCUGCCUCCGACGAAUGCAAAAAGGUCCAGCGUCUGUUUCGAGCGUUAAGUGUCAUGCCUGGGUGGGCAAAUGCUCGAGAUGUCAAAACCUUAGCCAAUCAGUUGGUGAACCAAUUCCUUCGCAACAGAUUACUCGACACCUCGAACAGAGAGCUGUCUUUUGAGGACCUCUUGAAGAGCAUGCAUCAGAUGCUGGUACAACGGCGCGACCGCCUCAAG